AUGGACCAUUUGAGCGAUGUGGUAAGUCAGCCUAUGGACCUUUUCCCCACUAGGACAUAUGAGGUUAGACUUGGGUCACUCGAUGCCCACAAGGCGGCACUACGGAUGUGUCUACAACAACUGGACCAACUUCUAUUUCUCUCGACUGGGUUAUGCAAGUCUUUUGUCGCUGGGUUCCAUACCUGGUGUUUCAGUACGCACAGCUACCCAUUCAUCAUUCAAUCGUUCCCCCAGCGAGAAAGUGCGUUCGUCGACAUGUCGCUGCAAAACGGCAAGGCUAAGACGACUCGACAGCCUCGCGGCCGAUCCAGACGCAUCUCUGAUGACGAAUACGGUCAGUAUCGUGAAAAGAUUCAGCGACUGUAUUUAGAGGAGAGAAUGUCCCGAGAAGAAAUCAUCUACAUCCUUGCAGAUCAAGACGAGUUCCUUUUAAGCCCCAAACAACUGAAGCAUAUACUCCAGAAAUGGGGCGUCAGGAAAAACAUCAAGUCUUCGAAGAGGGACGAUAUCCAGAGACAAAGCAGACACCAAAACAUGGAGGUUCUUAUAGAGCCCGCCAGCUAUCACUCCUUCGAGCCCACUACAGGGACAAAUGAAUCCGCAUUGCAACGACCAAAGAUCCAUGCACCUCCUCCUGGUUUCAAUGUACCGGUGCUGGAUAAUCAAUGGCAACAUGUGUCCUACAACCACAAAGACAUUUGUGCCCAUGGGAUUACUAUCGCGCAAACAAUCGAUAACAGCCAGACCAUGCUUGGAGACUAUUCUUGUUUGGGUACUGCCAACAAAUCACAGGGAUUGUCAUCUCAAAUGUUCGGAACACAAGUACUCGACACCGAGCCCCGGACUUUGACCAAUUCAACUACCUCCGAUAGUCGCUCCCAAGUAUCGUAUUCCACGGCUUUCACAUCGCAUGCAGGUGCGAUGGGAGCCCCGAUCCCUUCAGAUGCCACCAGCAUUCAAUCUCCGCUGCACUCUGUAAGCUGCUCUGCCUCCCGCCCGGACCUUCCUGCCAAUUCGCUGGGGAAGGGAAGGGUCUUAGGCGGGAGGCCGUGCUCUUACAGAGGACCUUCAUCCUCACUGUACAUUGAGGGCGCCACGUCAAGCUGGCCAAUGAUUUCACAGCGUUCUCAACGACCUUGGCAACCGGCGAACAGUACUGUUAAUAGAAGCUCUGCGUUGAGCCAUGGAUAUUCUGCCGAAGUGAAUCCCGUAGGCAUUGUCCGACUCAUUCUCAACCUAAAUUCAGUGUGUACAGAAUUUCUGGACCACAGAAACCAGUGGCAACUUCCACGGAGCUAUUCCAACUUCCAGUCGUCGCAAUUGGCGAUGCUGUGUCAUAUGCUGACCAGCGGAUGGUACCAAGUUGCGAUGAAUCAGCUUCUUCACCAUUAUCUCCACGCAUCUGCUCAUUUGAUGCGGCAGAACAAUGCUGUAACCAUGACUCAAGAUAUCGAGAGCACGUGCUUUGCUCCUUGCAGUAUCCUGCAAGCACCGGAAUCACGCGCCAAUGGGUUGAAUGAACUGAACAGAGAGUCCCACAAAUGGAUAAGAUGGUCUGGCAUAGCAGCUCGCGAAAGCGAGGAGAGCGACACAAUUAUCUUCCAGCGUGAAGUUCUCCCUAUUUGUCCUCGAAAGGCGGGAGACAACGCUUCAGCCCACAGAAUACGGAUCACACAUCUUCCGCGCACACGCACCCGUGCUUUGGGUAUCUCACUAACCCUGCAAAGCUCCUUCGAUAGCCGUCAUCACUCUGGACUGUGUACAGGCCUCAGAACAUUCAAUGUUAUCUCCGAAGAUUCCGACGUAGUGGUGUGUAUAAAACAAAACAACCUCGCAGGAUUACAGCAACUACUCAGUCUUGGACGAGCCUCGCUUUUUGAUGUGUGCCCUGACGGUAGCUCACUGCUUUGGUAUGCCAUGGGAUGCCAGCACCUCGAGAUUUUUCGUCUCCUCUUGGACGUUGGUGCUAGCAUUGAGAAUGUCUUCCAAUGCCACGAUAUCUUCUCAACCCUGGCAGUGUUCCUGGGAAUUUACCACCGUAUCGGCACCAGGCGAAGAGAAGCUAUAGUGAGUAUGAUAAAGCUUGCUUGCGCCAGGUACAAUAAUAUUUUGCCAUCGAUAGAACGUGCCAUGCUCUGCAUUUCCAUGUGGGGUGUUAUCAAGACGACAGAAGAUGCCCGGGUACUCACAGACAUCGUGGGGUGCUUGAAAAAUGCCUUCGACCUGGAAUACCGAAUUGACUGUGGACAAACACAACUCCUUUUUACCUCCUUACUGACAAACAGCUUUGCGCUAAGGGUCUUGAUUGCAAACGGCGCGAACACCCAGGCCACCGAUGAAUACGGUCGAGGCGCCCUUCAUUCGGCAUUGUACCCUCACAGCUUUAUUGUUUUGCCCAAUAGCUGUGAUAUAUCUGAAUUUCCAUGCGACACGUUCCAUCAAUGCACCUGUCCCUCGCUGCCACAAGCCCACGACAGACAUUACGCAUUAUAUAUCAGUGAAAAUUUUCAGAUGGAUGUCUCUCGACUCGAACCGACUCUCUUGGUCUUGCUCAACGCACAAUGCGACCCCAAUAUGCGCGACCACUACGGUCUCACGCCGAGCGACUAUGCAAGGAGAAAUGCCGGGAUCUGGGAAAUAUGGCACACGGCGCUCCAGGAGACUGGCUAUGCUUACGACGAGGAGUCUGGCUAUUGCUACAAGACGUAUCUGGAGUUCAUUUGA